CCUAGGUUGAUGUCAGAUAGAAAUAGAAAGAGAGUUUACAGGGUUGGCCUGAAUGUAUUUAAUAAAAAGCCAAACAAAGGCAUAGACUACAUGGUUGAUAAUAGAUUUGUGGACCCCAGGCCUAGUGCUGUUGCCAGAUUCCUGAUCAGUAGAAAGGGUCUCAGUCGUAAGAUGAUUGGGCAUUACCUCGGCUCCAUGCAGGAUGCAUUCAAUAUGGAGGUUUUGAAGUGUUUUGCCGAAGAGUUUGACCUCACCGGCUUGCAAAUCGACGUUGCUCUCAGAGUCUUCCAAUCUCAAUUCCAAAUUUCUGGUGAGGCUCAAAAAAUAGAAAAAUUUAUGGAGGUAUUUUCAUCGCGUUAUCGCGAGUGCAACCCUCAUUUAGUGGGUAAGGUCAUAAGGUCAAGUGACACAAUCUUCCUGCUCUCCUUUGCCAUCAUCAUGCUCAAUACUGACCUACAUAACAAGAACAUCAAGCAAGAAAGGAAGAUGACCCUGGUCGAUUUUUUGAAGAAUCUUAAAGGUUUAGACGCCGGAGGUGAUAUAAAUAGCGACUACCUGACAGGAAUUUAUGAACGAGUGAAGGAGCAAGAAUUCAUUCCUUCACCAGACCAUACAAAUCAGGUCAUCAUACUGGAUCGAAUGAUCACUGGAAAAACAUCCGUUCGUUUAUUUGUAUUUUGUUUCUUUCUUUCAUUCAACCACAGACGAUUUGUCUGCCAUUGUCGCAUGCAUGAAAUACUGGACCUCAACAAAACUGAAAAAAUUGGGUCACACGCCAGAGGGCUUUUCCUUUUCAAUGACCUACUUAUCGUAACGAAACUAUCAUCUCGUAAGAAGAAGAAUUGUGUUCAUAGGUUGAAACAGACGAUACCAUUGCAAGGGGUGUCCGUCUAUCUGCUUGAAACUCCACAUUACAAAUAUGGCAUCCGCCUGAAGAACGCCACUCAGGAUGACGUCAUCAUCGUAACAUUAUGCGCUCGAGACCAGGAAGAACAAAGGAAAUUCGUUGAAGAUCUUAAGGAAUCAAUUCUAGAGGUUGUCAUGAUGAUGUCAUAG